AUGGCUGUAAUGGAAGAUAUUGGAAUGGAUAUCAGUUCGGACAUCGAAAUCGAUGAUAUAGGGAUUGGUCAGAAUAUAGAGGAAAAAGAUGUCAGUGAUGAGGAGAUUGAAGCCGAAGAAUUGGAAAGGCGAAUGUGGAAGGAUCAAGUUAAACUCAAGAGGAUCAAGGAAAGGCAUAAGCUUGCAGCACGGCAAGCAGCAGAGAAGCAAAAGGCCAAGUCGACCACUGAUCAAGCACGCCGGAAGAAGAUGGCACGAGCUCAAGAUGGGAUUUUGAAGUACAUGUUGAAGCUCAUGGAAGUCUGCAAGGCUCGUGGAUUUGUGUAUGGUAUUAUCCCCGAGAAAGGUAAGCCUGUUAGUGGUUCAUCAGAUAAUUUAAGAGCUUGGUGGAAGGAAAAGGUGAAGUUUGACAAGAAUGGGCCUGCAGCCAUUGCUAAGUAUGAGGCUGAGUGCCUUGCGAGGAAAGAUGGAGAUGGUAAUUAUAAUGGAACCUCACAGAGUGUGCUUCCAGACUUGCAAGAUGCGACAUUGGGAUCACUUUUGUCUUCCCUGAUGCAACAUUGCAAUCCAGCGCAAAGGAAGUAUCCGCUUGAGAAGGGCACCCCUCCACCUUGGUGGCCAACUGGAAAUGAGGAAUGGUGGACAAGAUUGGGAUUGCCCAAGGGUCAAACUCCCCCAUAUAAGAAGCCCCAUGAUUUGAAAAAGAUGUGGAAAGUUGGGGUGCUGACUGCUGUUAUAAAGCACAUGUCACCUGAUAUUGCUAAGAUCAGGAAACUAGUCAGGCAGUCAAAGUGUUUACAGGACAAAAUGACUGCCAAAGAGAGUGCAAUUUGGUUGGGUGUUUUGAGCAGGGAGGAAGCAUUCAUCCGGCAGCCUAGCAGUGAUAAUGGUUCAUCUAGCAUAAAUGAGGCACAUUUAAGAAGCCGUGGCGAAAAGAGGAAACCUUCUUUUAGCAGUGGUAGCGACUAUGAUGUUGAUGAUGGACCAGGAUCUGUUACAUCAAGAGAUGAUCAAGAACAACAAUCAAUGGAUGUUGUGCCUUUUGAACCUCCUGUUCAUGUUACUCCACUGGCCAAAUUAAAGGAACGAGGUAGGGAACAAUCCAGGAAAAGAAAACACCAAAAAUUUACCCGUGGUAACAAACAGGCUGUACCAUCUCUCAAUGAACAUUCUCAUGAUGAUCCUGGAGACACACUGAUGGAUGUAAGACCCUCUGAUGUACAGUUACCGAGAUACCUGACAAAUGAGAGCCAGCCAGAAAAUGAUGGAAUAACAGCGAUGAGACCUCAAGGGAAUAAUGUUGACGAUCAACCCUGCUUUCUGGAUUCUGAUUUUGACAUUUUUUGUGCCUUUCCUUCUGCCAAUCCCACCACCACUCAAACUGCGUCAACGGCUGAUGGAUCCUUACUGUAUCCAGUGGCAGAAAAUUCUGAUUUUGAAAAUUGUGAUGUUCAAUUAAGCCAUGCACCUGAAAAUACUGUGUUGCCUGCUCAUCUUUCUAAGUUGAACUUAAAACCUCAAAGUUCUGUGUUGCCUCAUGGACUGGACAGCCUGGAGUUGUGUCAUGGAGGUCCAAAUUCUGUUUGGCAGUCUGGACCUCAAGAUUCCAUUCUACCUCGGGGAUCUCAGAAUUCCACACAUAAUUUUUAUGAUCAAUCAAAAGCAGUUGGUUUAAGUCAGGAAGGACAGCAAUCUGAGGCAGCAUAUAAUCAGAUGGAGCACAGACUAGGGGAUUCUGGUAUUAGUUUACCAGCACUAUCGAGGAAUGGAAGUGCUAUUACUGGUGGAGAGCUCCCCCAUUAUGUAAAAGAUGUAUUUCCGACUGAGCCAGAUAGGCCUGUAGACACAAGUUUUCCAUCUCUCCCUAGCUUUUCACCCGACUACACUGGACACAGUUCGUUUAGUCUUGAAAUUGAUGGCACAGGAUCUGGUGUUGAUGAAGCUGAUUUUGAUGAACUGAUGAAAUACUUUGCAUCAUAA